AACGGGAGUAGGGCCAAGGGCCCACGAGGAGUAGACCUGGCCCCCGUCGGUCCAGUAUACUGGAAGAGGCCGGACAUCCUCGGAGUUGCAGGAUGUCGAUGACAGACUUGCUCCACGCUGAGGACAUCAAGAAGGCAGUGGGGGCCUUUACCGCUGUCGACUCCUUUGACCACAAAAGGUUCUUCCAGAUGGUCGGCCUGAAGAAAAAGAGCCCAGAAGAUGUGAAGAAGGUAUUCCAUAUCCUGGAUAAAGACAAGAGUGGCUUCAUCGAGGAGGAGGAGCUGGGAUUCAUUCUGAAAGGCUUCUCCCCAGAUGCCAGAGACCUGUCUGUUAAAGAAACCAAGAUGCUGCUGGCUGCUGGAGACAAAGAUGGAGAUGGCAAGAUUGGGGCUGAUGUUUCAGAAGGGAAAGGAGAGGACCGAACCCGCCCAUCCUCUGAGCCUUUGCCUGCUCCCUCCUCUGCUCACCCCCCACCUUUCCUCUCUUCCUGAUCAGACGAUGAGGACACCAGACAGGUGGCCCCCUGGGGCCUCAGAAUUUUCCACUCUGGUGGCUGAAAGCUAAGAGGCUCUGACUGCCCGGAUCUUGCUCCUCUCUGCCCUGAACACCCGAUCUCAGCCCCUCUCGCUGCCCUCCUGCCUUUCUGUUCAGUUUGUUUAUGUUAUUUUUUACUCCCCCAUUCCCUGUGGUCCUCUCAUGACACCAAUAUUCUGGAAAAUGACAGAGAAACAAUAAAGGCUGUACCAAUCAGAUUCUGCUGCUGAAGGA